UUGCAAAUAUGAUCAAGACAUGUUUUCUCUGUUUAUUGGUUAGCCAUGUUAUGCUGGGAAUUGAUGGUGCCCCCAAAGGCCGCAUUCUGCAGGGCGAGGCCGUUUUCGAUAUCACAAACUACGGAGCUAAGGGCGAUGGCACAACAGAUGAUGCAAUGGCAUUGAUUCAGGCAUGGAGGGCGGGAUGCGAUGGUACUGGGGCAGCUAGGAUUCUAGUCCCGGCCGGGAAAUCGUUCAUGAUGGGAGAGGUGAUCUUGAGUGGGCCAUGCAAGGCGGUGAAGCCGAUUGUCCUCGACAUCCAGGGCACCCUCAACGCCAAUCCGGACCCCAGCUCCUAUUCCAACAUGAUGUGGAUCUUGAUAGAACAUGUCGACGGCAUGAUUGUCACUGGUGGAGGCACCAUCCACGGGCAAGGACAAAAUGUUUGGAAGUAUGCUGACGAGGGGAACCGUAUGCCCGUUAGUUUUACAUUCCAAUCAUCCCAAAACGGAGACAUAAACAACCUAAAUUUCGUGGAUGCAAUGGGAUUCCAUACCAAAUUGAUCGACAGCAUCGACUUGAAGGUGAGCAAGUUGAAGAUCACCGCUCCCGACGAGAGCCCCAACACCGACGGAAUGCACUUUAGCAAUGCCACGAACGUCGACAUGUCCGAUUGCGUCAUUGGGACCGGGGACGACUGCAUCUCCAUCGGGACUGGUAGCAAGAACAUGUUGUUCCAGCGAAUCCAAUGCGGCCCCGGACACGGACUCUCUGUGGGGAGCUUGGGCAAGCGGCCUGACGAAUUGCCCGUCGGGAACAUCACCUUCCUCAACUGCAGCCUGACGGGGACCACAAACGGCGCGAGGAUCAAGAGCUACCACGACUCGCCCGAGCUCACCGCUGACCAUAUCAUAUACAAAGACAUCAUAAUGGAUAACGUCAAGAACCCCAUCCUCAUCGAUCAACAUUACGACUCCAAGACCAAGAAAGAGCAAUCGAACGUGAAGAUCACUGACGUCCACUUCAUAAACAUAAAGGGCACGACCAUCUCGAAAGUUCCAAUUCUAUUGAACUGCAGCUCAAAGUAUCCAUGCGACAACAUUGAAUUGGCCGACAUUGACUUGAAACCGGUGCCUCCGUUGACCGAGAGCUCGUCGGAGUGCGUCAGCACUACCAACUUGAAAGUCACCGGCACCAUAAUCCCGCCAGCUCCGACUGCUUGUACUGUCCCUUAGAACAUAUUUAAGCAUGCAUAUCAGUUCAAGAAAUUUCUUUAAAUAAGUGUGCAUUGUGAUUCAAUAAAAACAAUAAUUUUGUUGUUUGAACUUAA